AUCAGGAAGUCAUAUUAAACACGAGGAUUUUAUAUUUUUACUUGCUUCCAUACCCGUAAAUCUCUUAUUUAUCGAAAUCAACUUGCGAUGUCGUGGAUAUUUCUUAUAAAAUGUGCCUAUAAAAUAUACCAGCAAUUAGAACAAUAUUAUUGACGAUACUAAAAUGCUGCAUUUUAAUGUUCUCCAUUUGAAUAAUAGUGGACACUUACCGGCUGAACUACCUCGCUCGAAUACAAUAUAAUUCCGAUUUGCCUUUUGCAGAUAAUAUGCAAUCUGUAAACCUAUAAGAAGAACACUCUUGAAUUGUCAAAAUUUUGAUAAAUAUGAGAUAAAAUUUCGAUACUUUUAUACCUCCUGGUCCAGCACCGACCACGCAAUAGUCAUACUCAGAUGAAGUUGUCGAAUAUACACCAAACGACAGCGCUAUCACGAGAAAUAGUAGCCCUAUUUUACAAGCCAUCAUAUGCCGUUCAAUAAUAUUAUAAUAACACCUCCGUUGAUUGAGCUUUAUAACAGGAAACGUGUUAUAUGUACAGUGUUUAAUCAAGCAGCAUUUGCAUUAAUUUGAAUAAAUAUGUUGUAAAGUAGGCAUUCUUUUCAGUCAUCACAACAAUUCGUUUGAACACCGAUCUCUGAACACCGACUGAAAAGUAAAUAAUGCAAAAUUACUAAACCGCGUUGGAAAAUAUCCAACUGUAGACUGGGACGAGUGGGAUCAGGCCUAAAAAAAAGAUCCUUCACAAGACGAGAGGACAUUCGGAAACACUUCGAGAUAUUUUUCAAUUUUUAGCUACGAAUUCAAAUCACGCUUACUUCCAAAAAAAUGCAAUAUAUUCUGAACUUAAACUUUAUUUGUAUCGAUAAAAUGAAAAAAAAGAAGUUGAUAGUCAGAGUAUUUCUAAUUUGGUCUUCAAAACGUACAGAAAAGCAAAAACAAUCGAUAUGAAAAUUGAUUGAAUAUUGAGUGUUUUUAAUUCGGUUUCCGAGGACGUCCCGAUGAUAUUCACUUCAUUUUGAAGGAUGGUUUUUAAGCUAAUGCCACAUAGAUGGUUUUCUAAACAAAAAUAUUCGUGUUUGUAAAUAUGGGUAAAAUUUGACAGAUUUCAUUGGAAUUAACUUAAUUUUGAAACAUAGAGAAUGCUAAAUCAUAUAAUGUGGUAGUGGGUAUUUUUAAAGGUUUAAAAAACUGUAAAUUUUAAAAUGAAUUGGCUUGAUUCUAGUUCAUUCAGUGGCUUGUUGAGUCAGGCACAGAAGUCCAUUGAUAAAGUGUUAGAUAUACCGCGAGAAGACGAUAAGAAAACGAACCAGAAUUUGGACACAGGUAACUUUGACAUACGAGUAAUAUGCACAUAGUAUUGAUGGCAAUUUGUAGUGUAAGUGGUACGACUAGAUUCUGGUUUAAAAUAUGCAUGUAAUAAUCAUAUUGAAAAAUAAACGAUAAUAGCAGCCACAACCAUGUCACAGAAUAAAGACACACAGAAAGUCGACUCGGCUAACAAGUGUAACCGCUGCCAUGCCAUGAUUCGUCAUCAAAAUGCUGAUGUGCUUAUGAGAGGCAUUCCCCCCUGGAUGCCCGCCAUUUUGAAUAUUAUCAGGGGGUGAAUGCCUCUCAUAGGCACACUGGCUAGGUCCAUGGCAUCAGCAUUUUGAUGACGAAUUACGGUUACGCCCAAAAUAUAGUAAAAACCAAGAAGCCGAUCUUCUGUUUGUCUCUAUUCUGUGACCAUAUCAAGGAUGCUCGGCAUGUAUUACGGUGUCAAUAAUUAUGAAUACAGUAUACUUUCUGUUACGCCUCCCUCCUAAAUAAUCCCCUCCCCCUUCUCCAACUUCCCCCCCCCCUCAACACCCUAUUUCCCAUCACAAAAAAGAAACACAUAUGUAGCGAUAAACUGGCCUGAAUGUUCACAUAAGCUUGCCAUUCUGGCAAAAUCAAAGUGCACCAGGUCUCCCUCUCUAUCAGCCCCCUCUCCAAUAACCACCCCUCUCCUACUGUACUGUACAACCCCCAUCUCCCCCUCAAAGCAUGCCUGGGAAAAGAAUACCUGUGAAACUUAACAGAGGAUUUGCAGUACAAGUGAAAGUAUAUACUUGCAACUUCUCAUUUAGGUAAAUCACAAUCGCAAACACCCAAAACUCAAGAGAAGAAAAGUUCUGAGCAAAAGUCAUCAAAUAGUUGGCUUUCGGGGGCAGAUUCAUUUUGGGGUUCCUUGACUCAAAAUGUGAGUGGCAGCCCGAAGACGGACACAACGCAAGACAAGGAGAAAAGCUCCAAUGAUGUUGAAACAAAGAAUAAAACAACAUCUGAAAGGGCAAAUGAUAUUCCACCAAAGGAAUCAAAAUUGUCUUCCAAGCCCAUGAAUUUGAAACGAAGUAGCAAGAAAAAAAUUCCAAAGAAAAAAGUUGAAACAUCGGAUAGCCACCCUAAUGAGAAUUCAGCAACCAAAAGCACGCCUGAAAAUGAGGCGGGAACUGAGACCGAAACACCGAGUGAUUUAAAAGUUCAAUCAGAUGUAAUUAAAAAGCACAAAGAUGGAGACUUUACUGAUGUAGAUAUUGGUAGUAUCAGUUUAGAUACAUUGGAUGGUAAAAAUUUUGAAGCCUCAAAUGACGAUAGUUUAAUGAGUGAUAAUGCUGUCCACGACAGUAGUGGGAAUGCAAAAGUAAAAACAGAAUCGGAUGUAACUGUAGAACAUGAUGAGGAUGUUUUGAUGACAGAAAAUGGUAAAGUUGUCCAAGGCAAAGAAGAGGAAAGGGGGGAUUUAGAAGUGGAAGUUGAAACAAUGAAACAGACUGAAAUGAUGGAACAAGUUGAAAAACUAGAACCAGUAGAAAAUGAUAGAAAUAAUAAAAUGGAAGAUGAGGAUUUGGAAAGUAUUGAUGUAAAAAUCAAUGAAGAGAUGAAAGUUGAUAAUCAAAGUAAAAAUUCUCAGAAAUUUGGUGUGGAUGGAAGGAGUGAUUUUAGGGUGGAUAAGGAUUUCCUGGAAAAUGGAAGGAGUGAUUUUGGGGUGGAUAAAAAUUUCCUGGAAACUGAAGAUGAACAGCCUGAAAGGCACCAAGAACAACAACUGGUUGCAGAAAGUGUUCAAAAUUUAGAUUUGUUUUCAUCUCCCGUGGCAGCAUCAACACCUCAAAGGAAAGAGCCUUCUCAUUAUAAUACUCCCAGCAAUGAUCAGGGACUCCUUCCGUAUGACACUGAUGACAAUGGUCUGUUAAGCAACCUUAAUGAUUUGCUAAAAGCAAGUGAAUUUCCAGAGAAUGUUGAACAAGACGUCGUUUUAGAUCCUGGGGACAAAGCUGAUAAAGAUUCGAAUAUCAGUAAUGAAAUGACAAGGGUUAAUGAUGAUGUGGAAGGAUUGGAAUCAAAGAGUGACUCUAAACAGGUGGGUACCAUAAGGCUCUACUGAAUAUAAACUCAAACAGUCUGCACCAGUGUACAAAGGUAGUGACCGUAAUACCAAAGAGCUGCCGAUUCCAAGCAAAUACAGUACAAUGUCCCUUCAAUUCACAGCUUUUUAAAAUUUUUCUAUCAACUUUACAAUCAUAUUAUAUAAAAAAUACACAUACAGCUAUGAUUGAAGGAUUAGACAACAGAACUAGAAUAAGAAUUCCAUACUAAGUUCAUCCAUCUAACACUAAAACACGACAUAUUACGGACUACAAACUGGACAAUGUAAUACUGAUUUUAAAGGCCUUUACACUAUAUAAAACAUGUAAGAAUAAAUACUGCACUACUGUGAAAUUAUUUGCGAGGUUCAGAUUUGACCCACACAGGCCCCACCACUAGUUGGAAUAGCUUUCUUUACUGAAUAUAUCAAUGCACCAUACCUCUAUCAUCAGAUGGGAGUAUUUCCCGGCUUGGUUUGUGAAAAAAUAUUGAUAUGUGGCAUAUUAAUCAUGUUAUGCCCUUUUUCAGGAGAAUGAGAGAUUUCGUCAAAUUAUUGAAGUGAGAGAGUCAAAGUUAAUUGACUUGAGCAAAGAAAAUUUGAAUCUUCAGGAGACAAACGCUGUCUUAAGAAGGUAAUAUGAUGUAUGAGGAAUACUACGUGAAUCAAGUACUGUACAGUUUGGUUAUUUAACUCUUCGGUUCAUUCUUCAGCCAAAUUGAACAACUGGAAGAGCUGCAUAAAAGCGAGGAUGCGGAACUGGAACAAAUGAAGGAAGAAUUUACAAAACGAAUUGGAGAAUCGGAAGCCAAACUACAAGCGGCAGCCAAGGUACAGCACGUGACUCAGUCGUGAAGAUUGCGUGCAUUAACGUAUUGAAGUACAUACACGCUUUAUUUAUCACAUUCAAUAUUGUAUUUUAGGAAAGAGAUCUGUUCAAGAAACAGCUUGAAGAGACCCAGAAAUGUUUAAGUUCUGAGUAAGAUUUGCAAAAACAUUUUCAUAUAUGACUUGACAUACUUGUGUUUCCUUGAAGUACUUAUAUAUACACACUCACAUGUACUGGUACAUUUUAAACACAUGAACAAUUAAACUUUAUAUUCUUGUACAGCAUGGAGAGACAACUGAAAGAAUUUCAGUCGCUACUACAAGAAAAAGAUGAGCAAGUUGCCCAACUUAUGGAAGAAGGUACGUCACAAAACAUCAACAAAACAGAACCAUCACAGUUUGUAGUCUAACUUGUGUUUCCGUAUUUCCAAUUCUAGGUGAAAAGUUAUCAAAACAAAUUCUGCAACGUAAUACCAAUAUAAAGAAACUUCGGGCAAAAGAGAAAGAGCUGAACGCAUCGAAUGAAAACCUAAGGUGCGUUAACAUUCUAAGUUUUAUAAUGUCGUGCGGUCGCGGUUUGGCUGUGGGUCGGAUGCGGUUAGGCCACGGUAAAGUUUUGACUUGGUUAGGGUGGUCCAUAUAUUAACUACGGGUUUCGCUAGGUUAUUUCUGAGUGAUACUGUAAUACACACGUAAAAAGUUCUUACAGAUCUGCAAACAAGCCGAUAUUAUUAGGAUAUCUUCGUACUGCUUGUUCCCAGUUGUUGUGACAAGUCUAGAACAAGGUGUUAUCACUUUGUUACAAGAUUGAUAGCGGUAAUAGAGUUGCUACAAGACUAAUACAGGCUGUUCGUGACAAGUUGCUACCAGCUUGUUAUCAACUUGUGACGUGCAGACGAUGUCAGUGAUCUGUUGGACUCAUCAACCUUGUUACAAGAUGAUAGCAAUUAACUUUUUCCAGACUUGUCAACAACUGGGAACAAGCAGUGCGAACACAUCUUGUUGACAAACUGGGGUAUUUACGUAUGUACUGUAUAUCCAAUUUCUUCAGCACAAAGUUUGAAGCAGCAGAGGCGGAGAUUGAAAGAUUGACUGGAAUAUUGAAAGAGAGAGACGAUCACGAAAAAGAACAAGAUGGUAAAAUCUUUGGGAUGCGAAAUUAUUUUCAUAUUCAGUACGGAUGUGCCCUUAAGCUGCCAUUACUGUAGCCAACACCGUUCUUGUAACAGAGAGUUUCAGAUUUGACUUCCACUACCUCUCACUGGCUUAGAACGCAUCUGAUUGGUUAAUCCAAUAUAUCAAACGCGUCUGAUUGGUUAAUCGUAUAAAUCAAACGCAUCUGAUUGGUUAAUCGGAUAUAUCAAACGCAUCUGAUUGGUUAAUCCAAUAUAUCAAACGCGUCUGAUUGGUUAAUCGUAUAUAUCAAAGGCAUCUGAUUGGUUAAUCUGAUCUAUCAAACGCAUCUGAUUGGUUAAUCAGAUAUAUCAAACGCAUCUGAUUGGUUAAUCGGAUCUAUCAAACGCAUCUGAUUGGUUAAUCGUACAUAUCAAACGCAUCUGAUUGGUUAAUCGGAUCUAUCAAACGCAUCUGAUUGGUUAAUCGGAUCUAUCAAACGCAUCUGAUUGGUUAAUCGGAUCUAUCAAACGCAUCUGAUUGGUUAAUUGGAUCUAUCAAACGCAUCUGAUUGGUUAAUGGUCCCGUAAUGGUAACGGUAUAGUAGUGGAACUCAAAUCUGAAUCUCUCUAAUAUUUCGUCUCGGUUUUUAGACGCGAUUAAAAAACUAAAUGCCUAUACGAAGAAACAAGAAGAUGUAAUUGCCAAACAAAAGGUUUGUAUUAGGUAUCUUGGCUGUAUACAUUAUAGGCAGAUUUAUAAUGAUUCAGUGAUAAAAUGAUUUUGGUUAAUUUGUGUUAGGUGGAAUUAGAGGAAUCUGCAGCUAAACUACCAAGUUUACAAACGGCAUUAGAUAACGCUUACAAGUAUGAUUCUUUACAUGUUUGGUCUCCUUUGUUGCGAUAUCUUUCAUGCGGAAAUGAAUAAAAUAUAGCUGUAAUGAAAUUGUAUACUUCAUUUUUAGAGAAAUGACCGAACUUCACAAAGUAAACGCAGCAAAGUCCACCGAGGUUCAGGUUAGUAUGAGGACUUGUGUAUUAGAAACGUCCCAGCUAAUAUACCUAGUGUAUCAGAAACGUCCCAGCUAACAUACCUAGUGUAUCAGAAACGUCCCAGCUAACAUACCUAGUGUAUUAGAAACGUCCCAGCUAACAUACCUAGUGUAUCAGAAACGUCCCAGCUAACAUACCUAGUGUAUUAGAAACGUCCCAGCUAACAUACCUAGUGUAUCAGAAACGUCCCAGCUAACAUACCUAGUGUAUUAGAAACGUCCCAGCUAACAUACCUAGUGUAUUAGAAACGUCCCAGCUAACAUACCUAGUGUAUCAGAAACGUCCCAGCUAACAUACCUAGUGUAUUAGAAACUCCCAGCUAACAUACCUAGUGUAUCAGAAACGUCCCAGCUAACAUACCUAGUGUAUCAGAAACGUCCCAGCUAACAUACCUAGUGUAUUAGAAACGUCCCAGCUAACAUACCUAGUGUAUCAGAAACGUCCCAGCUAACAUACCUAGUGUAUUAGAAACGUCCCAGCUAACAUAUACCCAUCAAGAAGAUAUAUGGCAAGAAUUUUUUCUGUUUACAGGAAGCGACACUUAGUGUUGAAAUGACGGCCAAAGAAGAAUUAAGGAUUGCCUUGGAAAAAUUGAAGAAAGAAUCUCAAAGAGAAUGCGACGUCUUAGCAAUGGAGGUACAGUUAUUGAGAUGUGCCGUCUAAGUUUACUUAUACUGGAUUGCUCUAUCAGUUCUAAACUGUUCUCCCUAGAGGUCCAGUAAGGACCUUCUUCUCUUACUGAUUCAGUGUUACCACAGAAGGAAACCAAUGAAAGACACUAACCACGGUACAACCUUCACCCAUUUCUCUUAAAGGUGACUGAUCUGCAAACACAGUUAAAUCGAAGCGAACAGCAAGCCGCCAGAAGAGAGGACAAUUUGAGACAAGAGAUAGCGGAUAUUCAAAUGGUACGAUAUAUGUAUUGGUACAUACAGUGCUUAUAUGGUGUGCUUCUGUCGAGCAAUACAUUAAACCAAACAUCAAAGGCAGCGGGGGCAACUAUCUCCAAUAAUUUCUGUGUACCAGGUGUAACAAUAUUUUUUCAACCAUGAAAGAAUUGGUAGCUAUAUAUUAUUGCAUGAAAUUUGAGGCGAGACUCUUUCUUUUACAGAGACUGCAAGAAGCCGAGGGCAGAAAUCAGGAGUUAACGCAAAGUGUUUCUGUCGGUGAGCUGGAUAAAUUUUGUUUGCUAUAACCUGCAUGCAUUUAGUUGUUCACUUUGAAUGUUAAAAUCUAUAUUUGCACUAUAUCUUAGCGACAAGACCGUUACUUCGUCAAAUUGAAAAUCUUCAACAUUCGUAUGGCAGUCAACAAACAUCUUGGGAGAAACUGGAGAAGAAUCUCACAGAGAGAUUGGGUAGAGUAUUUCGCAGUGUUGUGUUGUACAUUUCCCAGUUAGUACGAGUCCUUUGAAAGCAAGCACACGCAAGACUUCAAUCGAUAUCUAAACAUUCAGCUUACAGGACCAAAAAGCACUUUAUGAUAUAAACCAACAUUUAAAAUUAUUUGGUUAGGGUAUUUGCUACAGCAACUGUCCAGUCACGCAUACGUGAUAAACAGCCGAUAUAAACUUUAUUAACAAAAGAUAAUGUGAAACGUAACAGAACGGCGAACAUGCAGAUUCGGCCAUCUCAAAUAACGGUAAUGUUGGGAUAGUAGCGUUGCAGACUGCAGAGGAAAGUGGGCAGUAAGGCUCCCUCAUGCACCACCACCCUCCUUGCAGAUGAGGCUAGAUCCGCCCUGGUGUCAGCAACAUCCUUAUAUUUUGUUCUGCUUUCAGCCGAUGCGCAGAAUCAGUUGGCCACAGCGCAAGAAAAGGAACGCGCGUCGACAGAAAGAUCCAUAGAGCUCAGUUCCAGAGUUGCAUCCCUUGAAUCACAGGUUGCCAACUACAGACAAGAAAAAUCUAGGAUUGAAGCUGAGUUUGAACUGGAAAAGGCAAAACUGGAAGCUCUAGAAGACUAUAAAAGCAGGUAGGAGAACAAUGCGACACCACGCUUGCUUUUCAAGUUGGGAGAUCCGGGUUCAAUCCUUCGUCGGACCUCUACUCAAGCUCUUAAAAUAAUUGAAGAGAAAGUGCUACCUUUAAUUGACAUCAGUAAAUGGUUAGUUAGAAUUUCGCGUCUUCUCGAAUAAGGACGUUCGUAGGUACCUCGGAUCCCCUAUCAAUGAUAGGGCAAUAGCCUGCCGGGAAACCGCUCGCCAAUGAGCGACAGAUUCAAUAAACAAAAUUUGUUUAGGUACGAGAAAAUAGGAAAAGUCAAUCUGCAAUCACAAGACUGAUCUGUUAUCAAUUUUUGAUUUCAGGGAAUCUGGGAAAAUCGAAGCAUUGAAAAGUAUGCAUUGUAAACAGUUGGAAACUAUGAUGGUUGAGAAGGUAGAAUGGCACUGUUAUUCAAAGGGCCCAUUUUUCAAUGUAGACUUAACUCGUGAUUAAUCUUUAGAGUCUCUUGGAACAGCAACUUGUGGUGGAACGGACCAAAUACGAGUCAGAGCGAAAGAAAUUGACAAAACUUGAAGAGCAGUUGGUAGGUUAUUACCGAUGUCCUUGUAAGAAGUUCGUGGACCAUCAGUAACUUAUUAUUUCUCCUAAAUGUACUUUUAAAACACACCUAUUUCCAUCCUAUAGAAAGAAAGGCCCCAAAAAGGAGAGGAUAUUGCAGAAGAUGAUAACGAGGUAACGACAAAGACAAAUGUUUAGACGCCACGAAAAUCCUGCACUAACAUUGGAUAAAUCUCGCUAGCAAUACCUGUUCUUUCAAAAGUUAAAUGGUUUAGAAACCAGAAGACAAGGAAUUUUUCGUUGUUCUCUACAGUGUCUGACUUAAAAAGGAUUUUCAUAUUUCUGCGGAUCUCUGUAAACGCCAAUUUACACUGUACAACUUUUGCCUAAAACUGUCGCAUGGAACCUGCUUACAACUUGAGUUGUACUAUGUAAAUCAAAGGUGAGUUGUGUGCUUGAUUUAAUACACAGAACAACUAAAGUUGUGAGGGGGUUGCAUGCGACAGUUUUCGGCAAAAGUUGUGUAGUGUAAAAUUGGCCUUGAAUGAACUACAGUACAGGGCGACCCAUAUUACUGUAGGAAGGUUGUAAAUCUGGAAUAUGUUACUGUUUAUGUUGCAGCAGGACCCAGCGCAACAAACAACAUCAGAUCGACGUCGAAGUCGCAAUUCUAGUUCGUCCUCAGUCUUCUCUCUGUCCGACGCAAUGAGCAGGAAUCUGCCAUCUGGUGGCACAGCGAUCUUGGAAGAAUUACGAGCAACGAUUCGCCACAAGGAAGGAGAGUUGGUCUCUAUGCAGGUUUGUGCAUGGCUAGCGCUGUGCCCUGUCUUAGAAGGCUUGUGUAGCUGUUGGAUGAAGCACAGUUCAAUCAGACCAUGUACUCUUGUCCACAAGUAGGCAAGCUGAAAAUACACUCAGAGAGCAUCAUCUUAAAUAUACAAUCUUUACCUGACUGAUCAUAUUGCUUUUAUGACCUUGAUCAGAUGAUCGUGGGAAAAUCACAGUAAACACGAAGCUCUAGGAAGAUGUUCUGUAACUGGUUGAUUAUGACAAUGACAAAAGACCCAAUUAGCCUUUCUCACGAUGACGAAUAUCCGCCAUUUUUGGGUGGCAUCUAAUUCUCGUUAACCAAUGCAGACAAUUAAAACAAUGUGAAAAGCAAUUUUUCUAAAAUAAACUAACCAUUUACAAAGCAAAUUUACCAUCAUUCGUCCAAAAACUUACAAAAAGUCGCUGUCAUGUGGACUUAUCUCACAGACUUCGGCUGAAAAGCCACCCAAAAAUGGCGGCGUGAGAAAGGCUAAUUGGCUUACAUAAAAAGGAAUAUUGUUCUUGCUUCGUUCUUUAGAAAAUCCAUUCUAUAGCUUAUUCUUUUGUCAUUGUUAUAAUCAACCAGUCACAGAACAUCUUCCUAGAGCUUCGUGCCGACCCGAAAGUCUCAAGCUUUUGAUUUUUCCACUUUACCUCAAGGCAUUUGCUCAUAACGGUCAAUGGAGCUACAGUAGGAAUAGAUUGAUUCCCCCAGAUAGAUUAAUAAGCGUAUAGUGAAGAAUCGACUUAUUAGAGUCUCGGAAUUUUUUCUAGUCUGCCAUUUCAAAACUGGAAUCAAGUCGAGAAUCAUUGACUGAAGAAUUAACCUCGCUCAUGAACACCAAUGAGAGUCUUACUAAAGAGAAUAAACAACUUCAGCAUACUGGAAAAUCAUUUCAGGUAAGAAUGGUUAGGAAGGUUAAAGGUCUUGUAAUAUUAACCAGUCAUAACUCAAUUUUCAAUGUUUUGUUCAAGUUUUUAAUAAUAUUUCUAAUGUUGCAGGAACUUCAGACGAAAUACAACGCCCUGCUUCAGAUGUACGGUGAAAAACAGGAGGAAACAGAGGAACUGAAGUUAGAUUUACAGGAUAUUAAGAACAUGUAUAAAACUCAGGUAGUUCACCAUCUUUCAUCAGUCAUCCCAAGUAAAUAAAAUAGCAUGAUUGAUCCUCUAAACACUAUGCGAUCUUCAAUUUCUUCAAUAUUUCUUCAAAAAGAUGCUUGUGGAAACAAGUCAGGAAGUAUUCAAAGUUCGUCUUCUAAUGCAAACCGUGUUUAUCUUUCAGAUUCAAGAGUUACUUGGUGGAAGAUGACGUUUGGAACAGACGUGGACAGUAGAUGCAACAUUUUAGCAUCCAGACUGGACUGACGUCUGUGAAGGUGGCUUAUAGGUCUUCAAGAAAACAUAGUCAAAGUGUAACAUGGCGCUAUGUUUGAUACAAUUAACAAUGCAAUCCUCGAAUUUGAACAUAUAUGUACAGUACUGUACACCUGUAGUUUUUAUGCUAAAUUGUCUGUCUAAAUAUUAAUAUACCUACUCAAUAUGAACUAAAUCAUCUGUAGUGUUUGAAUGAUUUAAUUAAUUUUCAAGCAGUGAAUGUGUGUAAUUUUAGAUUUAAUUUAGACAAGGUAUCCACCCUUUGGUGAAGGUGAAAUUCAAGGACUUUCAAGGACCUUUUUCAGUAAAUCCAAGGACCUAGAACUGGGAAAAAUCUUUAAAUAUGGCACAUAUUUUAGACUUUAACCAGCAAAUAAUACACUUUAUUCAGUAAUCAAAAUCACUAAUGUUGGCACAGCAGGAGAUUAAGAAAAUUAAUUCCAGGACUUUCAAGGGAUAUUCCAGUCCUGGAAUUUUUUUUCCAAUUCAAGGACUUUCUAGGAUUUUCAAUGCCCGUCAACACCCUGUUUAGAGCAAAACCAUUACAGUUAUUUUGUAACACAUUAGUGACCAAAACUUCAAUUUUAAUAGGUACAAUUACCCAGUUUUAGGCAAAGUACAUUUUUUACCAAUCUGGGCAAAUUAGAGUGCAUUUAUAGUCCGAAUCCUUAAAAUCAAUUUCCUACAAAAUUAUAUUUUUGUGAAAAUUUUAAUAUAUAUUCAACAAACAGCCAACUUCAAAACAAUAACACGUUCACAACAUAUCUAUUUAUAUAUAAAGCUCUUGAAUUCAUCAUCCAGUUGUUUACGUAGAUCAGGCUUAUCAGCAAGAUAUUCAUCCGAC